CCUUGAUUCAAUUUGCAUUGAGGAGGUGACUGCUUUACCCGAAUGAAUAGGCGAGUACUCUGAAGGUCAUAUUUCAGCAACUAUUUGACAUUUUAGGUCAAUGUCGUAGGUGUGUUUCAUAUAUUUGAUGGGUAACUGUGCCAGGAAGCACGAGUCUCCCCCUGUUAUUGACGCAAAUACAACCCGGAACACAUUAUUUAACUCAUAUGAACCUCCCAAAAACGUAAUAAAGUCAUGUUCACGAGUCCCUGAAACUUACAAAUCUAACUCUCUCAAAAUACUUCACAGUAAUGCACGUACACACGAACCUGUAAUCUUAUGUGAACAUGAUAAUACCUUGAAUUAUUUAGACCAUGAUAAAACUUUAUUUGGGAAGGAUGUAAACUCUGGAAGCAGAUCAAAUUUAUCAACUCCGCAAGCAUCGGUUACAAAUGUUGCACCUGGGACUCACUUUAAUGAGAGUCUCCAGGAUGCCAUGUUCCCGGCAACUUAUCAUCUCCAGAGGUUGGCACUUGAGCACGUGGCAAAAAACCUGAGUUUCCACCAGUCGACAACGCGAAACAGUGUGAAUGUGGAUCAUUUGGACGGUCAGCUCUCCGUUAGCCCGGUUCAUUGGCAUUCAACACUAACUGAAUCUUCAGAUGAAAAUAUUUUGCAUAAUACUGGCACACCGUAUAGGUCCAAUAGUCAUGUACAGUCCCACUCACAUUUACAACAACACUCUUCAUCGAAUAUUAUACCUCUUCUGAUGAACAAGAGGUAUUCUCGUAGCGGGUGUGUCAGUGCUACCCGAAGUGCAAUGGAAUCUCCACUUACAAUUGAUUCAGGGACUCAUAAGUCAGAUAAGCCGUAUAGAUCAUCUGUCGUCAUGGAUUCUGACCGUCUGAAGAAUAUUGAGCAGAAUAUAAUGAGUUACAAUGGGAGGACAGUUAGUACCACCCCAACAAUGUUUGUGGGAGAUGGUAACUCUGAUCAUCGGUCAUCAGUUGGUGGUCUGUCUGCUCGCUAUCUUGUUCACCAACCUUAUAAUCCGCCAAACGCUGGCUCACCUAGUCGACUUAGUUUGGCUUCUGGUGGUGCAGCCGUUAACCCAAAGAAGACAGGAUCCCUAACACAGGACAGUUUCAAGGCUGAACACUAUCACAUUGCAAUUUUUGAUUACGAAGCUCAUACAGCAGAAGAAGUUGGCGCACGGAAAGGUGACCAGUUACGUGUUUUAGAUUUUAGUGAUUCUGAAUGGUGGUUGGUUGAACACUGUGGACAAGUUGGUUACAUUCCGUCAUCCUAUUUAGCUCAAGCUAAUUCUGUAGAAGCUGAAGAUUGGUAUUUCCGAAGCAUAUCAAGAAAAGACUCAGAACGUCUCUUAUUAUUGAAAGGAAAUAUUCGAGGAACAUUUCUUGUUCGAGCCAGUGAAACAACAAAUGGUGCUUUAUCCUUAUCAGUACGUGAUACUGAGCAGCAAAGAGGUGAGACUGUCAAACAUUAUAAAAUAAGACAGUUUACUGAAACUGGUGAUGUGUACAUAACUACAAAACAAGUCUUUCCUGAUUUAAAAUCAUUGGUUAAACACUAUUCUACUCAAUCAGAUGGUUUAUGUUGUUGUCUUACACGUCCAUGUCCAAGACCUCCUCCUGUACCAACAGAUUUAUCCCGGUUAACAAGAGAUCAAUGGGAAAUAUCCCGUUCUUCACUGAAAUUAAUUGAACUAUUAGGCGCUGGACAAUUUGGUGAAGUCUGGAAAGGUAAAUGGAAUGAAACAAUUGAAGUUGCUGUUAAAACACUAAAACAAGGAACAAUGACUAAAGAAGAAUUUCUCAAAGAAGCACGUAUUAUGAAACAACUACAUCAUCCUCAACUUGUACGCUUAUAUGCUGUUGUUACAGCUGAACCAAUAUACAUUGUCACUGAAUUAAUGACACAUGGAAGUUUAUUAAAAUAUCUACGUGAUGGUCCAGGCAAAGAAUUAGAUUUAAAACCAUUAAUUGAUAUGAUGGCACAGAUAGCUAGUGGUAUGGCGUAUUUGGAAAAAGAACAUUAUAUUCAUCGAGAUUUAGCGGCAAGAAAUAUUCUUGUCGGUGAAAAUAAUAUCGUGAAAGUAGCCGAUUUUGGAUUAGCUCGAAUCAUUGACAAUGCAAAUGAAACAUAUACAGCUAAACAGGGUGCUAAAUUUCCUAUUAAAUGGACAGCCCCAGAAGCUGCACUGAUGGGUAGAUUUACAAUAAAAUCAGAUGUUUGGUCAUUCGGUAUUGUAAUAUACGAAAUUAUCACCUAUGGACAAGUACCAUUCCCAUCAAUGAAUAAUACAGAAACAUUACAACAAGUUGAAAAUGGUUAUCGUAUGCCAUGUCCAGCUAACUGUCCAAGUGCUAUUUAUGAAGUUAUGUUAAAUACAUGGGAUGCUAAACCAGAGCGUAGGCCAACAUUCGCUUUUCUAUGCAGUUAUUUUGAAGAUUAUUUUGCAUCAGCUGAAUUAUCUUAUCGUCCAGCUGAAAAUAAUCAUCUUGAUAAUGAUAUUGUGAAUAUUAGUUGUACUCCGACUAGCAGGCAUCAACAUCAUCGUCAUCAGCCACAUUCUCAUAUUAAUUUCAUUAGAAGUAUACAUGAUCAGUUUUUUAUAAAUCAAGAUACAACUAUGCUAUAUAACAGUAAUGAUAACAAUAAUAAUCAUCAACAGAAUGAACAUUCUUCUUUGAAUCAAACUUCAAUCACUACAACACAACAGUUGACGACAACAUCUUCUAUUUGUACAGUACAAAUGUGUUAGUCAUUUUAUCCGUUAAACAACUCUUGAACACAAUAUAAAAGACACAUUCAGAAUUCUCACUUUUUUAUUCAACAUUACCAUAUGUUUUAUUCAAAGAAAAGAGAACAUGCACAAAUUUAUUGAUUCUUAUUUAGUGAAUCUCACUAUUUUUUUUUCCUCCUGUAUUUUAAUUGUGCCUUACACUGUACGCAUUCAAUCAUCUAAUUCUGUUUUAAUCGAUACCAUUGAUCAGGGCUUAAGAAAGACAAUAUACACAUUUUUCCUGAUAAUCUUUCUUAAAUCUCAAUUUUUUUUUAUCGAUACAUAUAUUUACUUUCCCGGUGUUUUAUUCAAUAGAAAAAAACAUUAACACUACAAGUGAUGACAAGUACUGUAGCUUAACAGACAGUCAAUUUUCAUUUGUUCAAUGUUCAACAUUGAAAAACUGACUUGUUAUGAGAUAUAGACUAGUGAUGAAGUCAAAUAAGCAAAAUAUAGAACAAUAUUUCUAUGAGUACUAAUUAAUAAUCAGCUAUUCAACUCAACUCUCCUAUCAUCAUAAACGCAUCAUACCCUAAGUCUUACACAGGCAUAUUUUUUAUCUCCGGUAUUAUGCAUUUCCAUUAACUUUACUAUUAAUUCUUUUAUCAUACACAUAAAACACUAAUUAUAAAAGAAAAAAAAUUAGUUUUAAAGACUGUCUGAAUUGUUGGCAUGAAAAAUCAAUCCGUCUAUUUUGGCGCCUAAAUUCAAUUUUCUUUAACUCAUUGGAUAACUAUAGUCGAACUAUUGUAUUUUUCAACUUUAAUCUUUUUGAAAAUAUGAUUUAUUUCGUUUCCUUAAUCUCCUAUUUAUACUUGUAAUCUGUAAUUGUAUAUUUAAUUAGAUAAUAGAAGUAAAUUAUCUGCUUUGCUAUUACAUCUAAGGUUUUAUUUAUAAUAGUUUCAAGUGUAUAUGUAUAAUAUGGAUUGUAAAAUUUUGUAUCAAAACAAUUUUGUUGAAGAUAGUGACAAUUAUCAUCAGGAUCAUCAUUUUGGAAGUAAAUUCAUCAAAAAUGAAAUUGUAUCUUUUUUGUUUUCAUCCUCUUGACUCUCUGCCUUAACUCCUGGGUGAUAUAGCGCACAGAUACUUUCUUUAUUGAGAAAAUAAUUACAUCAAUGACAGUUUGAAACUAAUCAAAGUUCGUGAUUAUAUAAAAAUGGCAAUUGUAUGUACAUGUGCAUGUUUAUGGAUAUGUAAAAUUUGUUUAGUUUACCCUUUUACUCUAUCUCUUUUGUCAUUUGUAUUUAUUUAAACAAACCUAGGAUUUUUCAUUUUAUUGAACAAAAAUAACAACCAAUCAUUAAGUGGAAAUGUUGAUUAUCUUUUUGAACAUUUUCAUUAUUUGGUUGCCUUCAUAUUUCUUUAGAGAAGAGAAAAAAAGAAUGCUCAGGAUGAAAUGUGAAACCAUGAGUUAAAAAAAAAACACAGCUCAUUAUACUAUGCUAC